CCGACAUGGGGAAGAUGGCGGCCGUCGUGGGUCCUGUGGCGGCGCUGGCGACAGAACCCGGAGAGGACGCCUUUCGGAAACUUUUCCGCUUCUACAGGCAGAGCCGGCCCGGGACUGGAGACCUGGGUGGAGUCAUCGACUUCUCGGCGGCCCGCGGCACGGGUCCCGGUGCCUCCAAGGUGGUUAGGUCUCAGCUAAGUGUGUCCUCAGUCAGUGAGCACGAUGCUCACAGAGCAGGACUUCAGCCAGUCAACAAAUGGCGGGCUUAUGGACUUGAAGGUUAUCCUGGAUUUAUUUUUAUCCCAAACCCCUUCCUCCCAGGGUACCAAUGGCACUGGGUGAAGCAAUGCCUUAAGUUAUACUCCCAGAAACCUAAUGUAUGUAACCUGGACAAGCACAUGGCUGAACAAGAGACCCAAGAUGUGUGGGAACAGAGCAAAGAGUUUCUGAGGUGUAAAGAAAUGAACAAACGACGGCCACGAAGUUUACUAGAGAAACUGCGCUGGGUGACCUUAGGAUACCAUUAUAACUGGGACAGCAAGAAAUACUCAGCAGAUCAUUAUACACCUUUCCCUUCUGACCUGGCUUUCCUCUCAGAGCAAGUAGCUGCUGCCUGUGGCUUUCAGGGUUUCCGAGCUGAAGCGGGGAUCCUGAAUUACUACCGCUUAGACUCCACACUGGGAAUCCACGUAGACAAGUCUGAGCUAGAUCAUUCCAAACCCCUGUUAUCUUUCAGUUUUGGACAGUCUGCCAUCUUUCUCCUUGGUGGUCUCAAAAGAGAUGAAGCCCCCACAGCCAUGUUUAUGCACAGUGGUGACAUAAUGGUAAUGUCAGGUUUCAGCCGCCUAUUAAAUCAUGCAGUCCCUCGAGUGCUUCCAAAUCCUGAGGGAGAAGGCCUGCCUCAUUGCCUGGACACACCUCUCCCAGCUGUCCUCCCCAGGGAUUCAGUGGUAGAGCCCUGUUCUUUGGAGGACUGGCAGGUGUGUGCCAGCUAUUUGAAAACUGCUCGUGUUAACAUGACUGUCCGACAAGUACUUGCCACAGACCAGGACUUCCCUUUGGAACACAUGGAGGAGAAAAAGAGAGACAACCUCACAGGUUUCUGCCAUUUGAAUGACCAGGAUAGCCAAAUAAAACGGGCCAGGUUAAACUCUGACAGCUGAGACAGAAUGAGACAGGAGGUCUCAUUCUUUUAUUCAGUUAGGUCUGUAAUGAUCAUGGACUGGAUUAGCACCAAAACGACAGACAAGGAAGAGCUCACUAUUUGGAAUACAUCCUGAAGAAUAAAUACUACAGGUGUGCUCAGAGAAGUAUUUAACUGGGUCUGGUUCUAGACCGUGACUUGUAUUGGUUAUCCAGAGGAGAUAGGAUCAUCUACAUACAACUUUCAGGCUCUGCCAUUACCUCUGAGAGAGGUAGAGGUGAGUUUACAUGUCUGUGGAGGAUAAAUACCUCCGAUUUUAUUAAUGGGAAAUACUGCACAUCUGUUGAUAACAUUGUGGUUCUGUGAACCAGCCAUUAAAUUCAUCUUAAUUCUUCCAGUUACAAUCAAAAUUCUGAUCUCUUCUUCCUUCUUCUUUGACCUGUCACAGAGGAAUCCUAAACACAUGAAGCACUGAAACUGGAAAUCUCAUUUCCUAGAAAAGACAUUAAACACAGCCAUAGCUUUUGUAAACCCAUGGAAAAAGGAAAACAGUAGAUUGUCCAUGUGCCUUUUAGGGUCUCCAGACUCUCCCUGUUGGCUUUUUGUUGUUGUUGUUGUUGUUUUGUGUUGGGGUUUUUUUUUGCUGGUCACGGGGUUU